AUGCACCCGAGUGUUCGAUACAAGAUCGGAAUUUUGGCACUCAGUGCGCUAUUGAUCGUUUACUCCUUACACUUGUACUGGAAAGCAGACGUGGAAUUCGCUGAAGCUAUUGAACCUUCGUCACUCCAAGCGCGACAAACACUCCUGUGGCAACAACUCAGCUCCUUGUUAGAGGACCAUGCCCCGGAAUGUCCUUCCCCCGAGAGGGAUGACAGCUCCGGAGCAAUUCCGUUUAAUGCCGUGAAAGACGUGUCUCGGCCGGACCUUAUUACCAAUUCCGAGCGCAUCCAAGGGCCGCUACAGAGCGCGCAUGAUAAGUUCGUAGAUGCAAUAAGAAACUCGAAUAUAGAUAGGGCCUAUAACCCCGGAACCAGCGGCAUCGUGUCCAGCGCCGGGAAGUCCUACCUUCCGCUGUUUGUCACUUCAUUGCGCAUGCUUCGACGGACCGGUUCAACUCUGCCCGUGGAGCUCUUCGUGAAGGACGAAACGGAAUAUGAGGCCAAGAUCUGUGCAGAAAUCCUUCCUCAGUAUAACGCGAGAUGCGUCAUUCUUUCGGAUAUUGAGGCCAGCCAAGGCUACUCCACAGAGCAGAUCGCCCACUACCAAUUGAAGAUUUUUGCGGUGUUGUUUUCUUCCUUCGAGAAUGUCAUCUGGAUGGACUCCGAUGGCUUCCCGCUUCAUAAGCCCGAGUCGUUAUUGCAGACCGAGCCGUUUACAUCAACCGGUCUCGUCACCUGGCCGGACUUCUGGGCUUCGACGGCCUCGCCUCUGUACUACAAUAUAUCUCGACAGUCCAUUCCAUCGAUGACGGAGCGUGCUUCCUCGGAGACCGGCGUGUUCUUGAUCUCGAAGAAAAAUCACUUCCUGACGUUGCUGCUAGCUGCCUAUUAUAACUAUUAUGGGCCGUCGCACUAUUUCAUGUUGCUUUCGCAAGGCGCCCCGGGAGAAGGAGACAAAGAAACCUUCAUCCAAGCCGCAGCUGCCAUGGGCGAGCCCUUCUACACGGUCAGCGAGAAGGUAUCCGCUGUCGGCCAUGCGAAGCCAGACGGGGGUAUUUCAGGGUCUGCCAUGGUUCAAGCGGACCCGAUCGAAGAUUAUCGAUUGACCCGUGAAGGGAAAUGGCGGAUUAAAGACCCAUCUGUCGCGAAAGCCCCUCAGGUGUUCUUUAUCCAUGCGCAUUAUCCCAAGUUUAACCCCGCAGAGCACCUGUUUGGCAAUAAGUGGGAGACCGCACCAACGUUGAAGCCGGAUGGUAGCGAUGGGAGGGCAUGGCUUGUCGCCGAGAAAACAUUGGAACGGUUUGGCUUCGACGCGGAGAAGAGCUACUGGGAGGAGAUCAAAUGGGUUAGCUGUAACUUGGAGCAUGUAUUCGAGUCCUGGACGGGCAAGUCGGGGAUCUGUGAUCGCGUAUCGGAAUACUGGCGUAACGUGUUUGAGAGUCCGAAUGAACAAACCCCCGUGUUCACGCAAAGCUGA